CUCCCGUCACGCUACAUCGCCUCAUGUUGAAGCUGAGCAGAGCCUCGGCUGACAGCGUUCGGGUGCAGUUCAGGCAUACGUGUAUACCUCCGUCUUUCCCUUGAUAUGAGUUCAGUUACAGAAACCUUCAACGUUAACGAGGAUGCGCUGGCGAUAGUCCAGUUGUACGGGAUGAAUCUCGACGUCCUGCUGUUUAGUGUUGUCCUCUCGACGUUCCUUUUUGGUGUGUUGACCGUUCUGUCUGGAACAUCGACAUACUUCCUCUUUCGCAAACGAUCACAACAGCGUACGGUUGUGUCGUUGCUAGCCAGCAUCCUUGUCCUCUAUGUGUCCACGGCUGCAUAUUGGGCCACUAUCCUCGCCGAUGCUAUCAGUAGGAACCAGCUCGUAGGGGACGCAUCGGCAGGGAUUCUCAUCUCUUCGUAUUCCCCCGACAUGGCGCAUCAUAAAGCGGUUGUCAUGAGACAUACCGUAAUCGCUACCAUUGGCCUCACUGUGAACAUGCUUCUUGGAGACUGUAUUGUCUGGUGGCGCGCAUAUGUCCUAUGGCGCACGAAGUUCGUCCUAGCCCUGGGUGUUGGCCUCAUCACGAUCACCCUCGCUAUCGGCAUAAUGGGCGCAGUACACGCCUCGAAUCAUCUGCAACCGAGUAUCAUCAUGACCUUACUCUAUACGGGCGCAAUCGGCACAACCUUCCCGCUUCUCUCGCUCCUGACGAAUGUUUUGGCUACAGCCCUAAUUGCCAUCAAAGCUUGGAGACACAAGCAACUCCUACAAGCUUUCUUAGGGAAGGAUGGCGGUAGUGCCGAGGUCAUGAAGGUCUUGGUUCUCUUAAUCGAGUCCGGCGCAAUAUACAGCGCAAUAUGGAUCCUUGUCGCCCUAUAUCAGGUGCUCCAAAUCAAGUCCCUAAACAAUCCAUUCGUAAUCGGCUUCUCAUUCUUCAUAUACGGCUGUCUCGCUCCCAUCAUCGCCAUUUACCCCACGUUCAUCAUCUUUCUCGUGGCGCUCAACCGAUCUCAACUCGAAGCGAGCCUUUCGCCGAAUGAAUCAGAUAGCCCCAUGUCGACUCGGAUCGGCCCCUUCGCGACAUCGACGGCCUUUGAUGUGCGCGGUUCGUAUCAAGUCGAGCUUCCCGCCUUUCCGGAUCAUGCCAUGGUCGACGAACCCAAGGACGAUGAUUGGCUGCAGUCUCUUCGCAUAGAGAGGGGACAUUCGGGGAUAGCGUAG